AUGCUAUCGCAUCUGUCGGAGUCGAUCCGGAUGGUUGGUAGAAUCGUGGACAUGCCCUGCAACGAGAUGCACACAGAUGCCUUCGUCGAAGAAGCGAAAAGAGUUGCGCUGGAAACGAAAUCGAAAAUGCGUCUAAUAAGUGGGGAAGAACUCAAAGACCAAGGUUUCGGAGGGCUUUGGAAUGUUGGCAAGGCUGCGAGCAGGCCUCCUGCGCUCGUUGUUCUCAGCCACGAGCCCGAGGGUGCUCGAACAGCAAUAUCGUGGGUGGGCAAAGGAAUUGUCUACGACACUGGGGGCCUGAGCAUCAAAGGAAAAGUCACGAUGCCAGGAAUGAAAAGAGACUGCGCCGGAGCCGCUGCAAUUUUAGGUGCAUAUCGAACUGCCGUAAAAACGGGUUUCAAAGAAACUCUUCAUUGCAUCCUUUGCUUAGCCGAAAACGCCGUAGGACCUGACUCGAUAAGACCAGACGACGUUAUUACUCUUUAUUCCGGAAAGACUGUAGAAGUGAAUAACACAGACGCGGAAGGAAGGCUAGUUCUUGGCGACGGGGUCGCAUUCGCCAGCAAAGAUCUCAAAUCAGACAUCAUCGUCGAUUUGGCGACGCUGACUGGAACGCAGAACAUAACAACUGGAAAGCACCACGCCGCAAUUUUGACAAACUCUGAAGAAUGGGAAGGUCACUGCGUCGCUUCGGGAAAAGCGUCGGGCGAUCACGCGUACCCGAUCAUCUACUGCCCGGAGUUUCAAUUCACAGAGUUCGCCUCCUACGUCGCCGACAUGAAAAACUCGGUCAACGAUCGAAUGAAUGCUCAAACGAGCUGCGCGGGGAUUUUUAUCCAUUCCCACUUGGAAGACGGCUUCGACUUUUCAGGAACUGCUGUUCAUAUUGAUAUGGCCGGUCCCGCGGCGAGUGGAGAGCGAGCUACAUCCUGGGGAGUCUCCUUCUUGCUCACGCUCUUCGGACAGUACAGCAGUAACUCCACCAUCCGAGCUAUUGCUCCUCAGUCGCGGCUCGCCAAAUUUUUUAACAUGGAAAAUUUACCUUCGUGGACUUCUCAAUCUCUCAUACAGACGCUGUCCAGCUUGACGGACUCGAAAAUCGAGCAAAGCGUUGAAAAGAGCGAGUCCGAGUAUAGAACGGUCUCAAUCAAAGACAUUUCGCCGGCGCUGGCAUGUCCGCUCUGCAGCGGCUACAUCAUCGACGCGAUCAGAAGGAAGUCCGACCCUAGCAUUCUCAGACACGCUCACGAUUCAAAGAAGUGCCCGGUUUGCGAAGUGACGAUGCACUACACGGACCCGACGAAAGCAAUGAAGAGGGACCAAGUGCUCUGUGAUUUGAUUUAUCUGAUGGUGCCGGGGCUAAUGAAAGCGGAGCAAGAAUCGCGCGAACACUGGCGUGAGCCAAACGAGCUCCAAGCGUUCGAGCUGGAAAAGCUGCUCUCGUUUGUGAUGCUCCCGAAAAAGACCUCUUCGUUGAAGACCGAGUGUAUUUUGCGUCUUCCUGCCCAAGGCAACAUUGGACAUCUGAAGACGGCGCUGUGCAACUUGAUUAAUAAUAGACGCCCCAAGGAGAUGGAAAUAGCCGCCGACGACUUGUGUAUCUUGGCGAGUAACUUGCCACUGGAGAACAUCUUGACGAUGAGCGACAUUCACGACUACAACCUGGCGCUCGACUUUCAGGACAUAGAAGGCGUCGACAACCAAAGAUAUCCCGUGCUUCACUACCGCCUCAUCUCGGAGCCAAACUCUGAAGAAUCCUCAGACUCGGAAUAA